AUUUAUGCAAGGUUUUGCGGAGCAGUCUUGUGUCAUCAUUCUUGUGUCAGGCUUGUCUCCAUGUCUGGAACAUAAGGGACCAACAGAUGGCCCUUGGGCAAGCGUCGGCUCCUGUACUCACUAACACAGAGGAGUAUCCUCAUAUGUGACCAGGAAGGCUUUCCUCACAGUUCAGUCACUGUUUUGUUUUUUUUUUAAGUAUUUAAAAGCAUGCUUUUAAUGCACUUGUAUUGAAACAGAGGGGAGAAAAUUACACAUAUUAUGUAAGAAUUGUGUGUGUGUUUUAGCUUGUAUAUGCAUUUUUUUUUAAUUUCUAGAAAGAUAAAGUAAUAAUGCUUGGAGAGGUGGUAGGAAAUGAGGCAGAUGGGUGACAGGGAGUCUGCUUUUAUGUGAACCUCUUAAUAUUUUUAGUAAUUUGAACUAUGUAAAUCUAUUAUUGGUUCAAUCAAUUCAAUAUAUAGCAUAAACUUUUUUUCUCUAGCAAUAUAGAUGUUCUGUACUGGGCAGGUUUCCCCAGACAUCUAAUCUGCUGUUUUGUUAGAAAUGGAAUAGUGGUCAUUUUUGUGGUUCUAUAAACUUCAGAUGAUUGUUUUACCUCUGCCAGCCUCUAGUUGAACUCUGUAGAUCAAUAUUUUCCAAACUAUCUGUGUCCGAGCAUCAGUUCUAUAAGAUUUUCCAAUCUAUCAUGGACUGAUACUUUGUUAAACCACAAUAAAAGUAAAUUACUGAUCAUGUGCUUGGGUGACAUGGCAAUGGUAAGUUGGUGUAGAAGUUUCUAAACACUUUCUCUCAAUUUCUGUUGAUCACAGACCAGUCAAAAAGCAGCUUGGACACCAAACCACACUGAGCAAGUGCUGCUGUGGGUGGCACGCGCCCACUGUUUUCCGGCAUUAGUGUCUUGGAUCAGAAAUUGAUACCACCCUGUUGUUUUAAUUUCUUGUUGGUUUACAUUUUUUUUUCCAUUGUAGGCAACCUGUUUUCUUUCUGUUAAGAUGUUUUUCGGCCUCAUCUAAAACAUUGAGGUGUUUGCUGCAGCACAUCCUGCCCUAAUAGCUGGGAGUGAACCUGCGGCUAAAUGCUCUGGAUAGGAAUCCUGGUAUACUUGCUGAGCCGAUUACACCUCAACAAGAAGGCAACGGACAAACAGCCAUAUAGCAAGCUCCCAGGUGUGUCUCUUCUGAAACCACUGAAAGGAGUAGAUCCUAACCUAAUCAACAACUUGGAAACAUUCUUCGAAUUGGAUUAUCCCAAAUAUGAAGUACUCCUUUGUGUACAAGAUCAUGAUGACCCAGCCAUCGAUGUCUGUAAGAAGCUUCUUGGAAAAUAUCCAAAUGUUGAUGCUAGAUUGUUUAUAGGUGGCAAAAAAGUUGGCAUUAAUCCUAAAAUUAAUAAUUUAAUGCCAGGAUAUGAGGUUGCAAAGUAUGAUCUCAUAUGGAUUUGUGAUAGUGGAAUAAGAGUAAUUCCAGACACACUCACCGACAUGGUUAACCAGAUGACAGAGAAAGUAGGCCUGGUUCAUGGGCUACCCUACGUGGCGGACAGACAGGGCUUUGCUGCCACAUUAGAACAGGUAUAUUUUGGAACUUCCCAUCCAAGGUCCUAUAUUUCUGCCAAUGUAACUGGUUUCAAAUGUGUGACAGGAAUGUCAUGUUUAAUGAGAAAGGAUGUAUUAGAUCAAGCAGGAGGGCUUAUAGCUUUUGCCCAAUACAUUGCUGAAGACUACUUCAUGGCCAAAGCAAUAGCUGACCGAGGUUGGAGGUUUGCAAUGUCCACUCAAGUUGCAAUGCAAAACUCUGGCUCAUAUUCAAUUUCUCAGUUUCAGUCCAGAAUGAUCAGGUGGACCAAAUUGCGAAUUAACAUGCUUCCUGCUACAAUAAUUUGUGAGCCAAUUUCAGAAUGCUUUGUUGCCAGUUUGAUUAUUGGGUGGGCAGCCCACCAUGUAUUCAGAUGGGACAUUAUGGUAUUUUUCAUGUGUCAUUGCCUGGCAUGGUUUAUAUUUGACUACAUUCAACUCAGGGGUGUCCAGGGUGGCACACUGUGUUUUUCAAAACUUGAUUAUGCAGUAGCCUGGUUCAUCCGUGAAUCCAUGACAAUAUACAUUUUUUUGUCAGCAUUAUGGGACCCUACUAUAAGCUGGAGAACUGGUCGCUACAGAUUGCGCUGUGGAGGCACAGCGGAGGAAAUUCUAGAUGUAUAACUACAGCUUUGUGACUGUACAUAAGAGGAAAAAAGAAAAGUAUUAUAAAUUAUGUUUAUAUAAAUGCUUUUAAAGAUCUACUUCAGUAGUUUUAUCAUGUGUAUGUUUUAGUAUCUGUUCUUUAAUUUAUUUUGCAUGGCACUUGCAUUCGUGGGGGGGAAAAAACACAUCUGUAGUCUUGGCCAAAUGGUACACUUUAUUUUGUGGAAAUAGAGAAUCAAGAGAAUUGGUUCUAGGAACCCCUGGGUUCAGCUUUUGUUGUUAUUGGUUUAUUUUUUUAAAUAAAUAAAUAUGUAUAUAUGAAUGCUCUGCAACAAACACGAUGACAGUAUCCUUUAGUAGAGAAAGUUUCUUAUCUGUGAGUACACUCUUGUAGAGCAUUUAUGGGAUGGCAGCAGCUUUGUUUUAGGAUUUAGAAAAGGCUGGAAGAUGGUCACUUUCCACGUGCAAAGUGAGUGGUAUGCGGUGAACAACCCACAUGGAGGUACUAACUGAGAAACUUUUUCAUGCUCUAUGCCUACCUCUUGUAGUUGUUGCAGAGUGAAUAUAAAUUGUAAUAAGGUACCUAGGCCUUGCAAAAACAAGUAGAAAAAACUUUAAAAAGUAAUGAUAAUACAAGAGCUGGAGUCUAGUAUUUAUAUGAAUCUGUGAGAGGUAUUUUUUUUUUGGUCUCACUGCAAUGAACCAAAAGUGGGUGAGCUUGUUUUUUAAUUGUAGCCAUGUAUUGGGGGCAUCUUUUGACCAACUUUUGUUGGUUCUGUCUUGAACCAUUGUUAAUCACUGUGCUGGUAAGCCUUUCCUUCUCUGCUCCUCACCUUGGCCCGCCCCAUCUUUCCCUAACUUUUCUUCUGGGGGGCGGGGGAUGUGUGUGGGGGUUGUUUUAGUGUGAAUGGAUGUUUUCAUAGUUGUGAGGAAAAAUGCAUUUCAGACACAUUUCACACAUGAGCUAUUUUCUUAUACAGUAUGUCUUACUGUUAAAAAGAAUGUAAUUUCAUGACACAGGUAUUUAAUAUCUUUUUUAAGUAAGUAAAUAUUCUAGCCAUCAGUGAAUAAAUUGCAGUAGAGUAUUAAGAGGGGGACGGGAUGAGUUUUACUCUAAAAAUUAAUCAGUAUCAAACUAAGUCUACUGUGUGUGUGUGUUUUUUUUUUUACAUUGCAGUUAGUCUAGUCUUAUUUAAAUUGGAUAUUUGUAUUCCAGUUUGUAUGACGAAUUAGACUAGAUCAGUACUAGUUGUAAAUGCAUGCUUUAUUUCGCUUUUUUCUCCAUGCCGCUAAACUUGCUUGUCAAGUUGUGCUUGACUUGUGGUGAACUGGACUUGUUUUUGUUUCCAAAGAAGAUAGGCAAAAAUGUAAGGGACAGUGCAUAAGCCUUUCUUUUUAUUUUCUUGCAGUGGAAUUUUUGCUUUUUCUUCAGAAUUAGAUGUCAUAUUGUCCAUAUGAAUGCCUGCUAUAGGGCUGACACUGGCAAUAUGGCAGCUUUAUUCUAAGUUACUACAGUUUUCAUGUCAAACAUAAUGUGUAGCAUAUUAGCAAUAAUUACAUGUUGAUAGAAAAGUGAAUACUUCUUCACUUCACUGAGCCAAUUCAUUUAUUGUCUAAUAACUAUAUGCAUAGUUUAAGUUGCAGUAGAUCUACAAAUGUGUAUUACUAUAUAUACACAUUACAAAUAAGCUUUUCUCUGGGCCAUACUGCUUCAUCCAUUUUUGGCCUUAUGAUAAAUUUGUUUGAAGGGCAUUUUCUUCAUGAACAAAGGCUUUGAUGCAUAUUCCUUGUGUGAAAUGAGUAAGACUGUUGCCUGAGGAAAGUUGCACAGUGAAAACCAGUCUGGUUGUGACCCACUACAUGUUUAUUGUUUUUUAUCACUGUUAUAUACAAGUUGAAUUUUGUUGAAUAUGUUUGUCAUUUGUUGGUUUGUUUAACGAAGUUUGGUUGAUGCCAUCCUUUGCGCUACUGAAGUGAAGUCUUGCUUACUAGCUUUCUGCCGACUCAGUAUGGGCAAUGAAACAACAAAACUAGAAUGGCUGAACAGACUGGCUGAACAGACUUCUUUUUGUAAAUAUAAAUAAAUGGCUGUUCUAUAUGUGUGUUUUAUGUGGUAGUGGAGUGCUUCCUUAAAGUGAAGCUUCACUUAAGCAGAGUGAUUCUUUUUUUAGCAAGUUUAGAGUGAUGAUAAAAUGGUAAAUAAUAUCACCAUUAAAGAAAGAACUGUAGGAGUCCCAGUUUAAUAAACCAUCUAAAAAAAAAAGUGUCUAGAAUAUACCACAUUUUAUUGUUUAAAAUCACUGUCUUGUUUUUUGUUCAAAAAAUAAAAAUUUGAAUACAAUCAAAACAUUAGCAAUAAA